GCUGCAAUCACGGUAGGUUGAAUCGAGUGAGCGCCGUAGAAAUUUGACAGAUUCACAGGUGAGAGCAGCAGCAGCCCAAGGCUGUUAGACUUUGUAUUUCUAUUUUAUCCCCCGGAACACCGCUCGCAGUGAGUCUGGGGGUGUCACAGUCAAAAAACAACCACUCGAAGACAAAUUACUCCGGCAGCAUGAGCAAAAAGAAAAAGGAUUGGAAGACUGAAAAAGAGAGACUUCUUCGCAUGGACCGCGAUGAGCGACGCAAAGAGGGCUAUCGUCGUCAAGAUUAUAUAAGUCUGGACAAGAUUCCAACCUGGAGAGAAGAUAACUACUCUGACGGAAGAGAAGAUGGGAACGUUUUGACAGGCACAGGUGGUCUCAGUGAGAAAGUUUCUCUCUACAAAGGAGACAUAACUGUCCUGGAGUUGGAUGCCAUUGUCAAUGCUGCAAAUUCAAGUCUACUUGGAGGAGGGGGUGUCGAUGGCUGCAUACACAAAGCUGCAGGUUCCUGUCUCUACGAUGAGUGUCAAACACUAAAUGGCUGUGAAACCGGCAAAGCCAAGAUCACCUGCGGCUAUGAUCUCCCUGCAAGAUUUGUGAUCCACACCGUGGGUCCGGUGGCCAGAGGUCAUGUGGGCCCCACCGAGACCAAUGACCUCACUUCCUGCUACCAGAACUCCCUCAGGCUGGUGAAAGAGUAUGGCUUGAGCACAGUGGCCUUCCCGUGUAUCUCCACAGGAAUCUAUGGGUUUCCCAAUGAGCCUGCAGGUGACAUUGCCCUGAACACAGUCAAAAGUUGGAUCGAAGAAAAUCCUAAUACGAUCACGCGGGUCAUUUUCUGUGUCUUCCUAGAAACUGACUUUAACAUCUACAAGAAGAAAAUGUCCAUUAUUUUUGAAGACAACGACAUGGAGGUUGCAGACGAGCAGCUGAAGGGAGAUAACAUGUCACCGUCUACGCGACCAACAGCUAAGGAUGAUAACAGAGGAAAAGAAGAAGCAGGUGAUGAAAACAAGGCUGACAGUGAUGCGGAAGGAAUUGAAGACGUGGUAAUGGAAAGCCAGAACCCAGAUGACGACGUGGCCCUUGAGGAGCUGAAUCAAGAGGAAGAUGAAAAUAACAGUCAAGGCAAAUGUGACGAUAUUGGAACCGAACAGAAUAAACAUGAAGACACAGUCAGCGAAAAGAAGGAUAAAGAAGACGAUAAAGCAGAAGAUGAGCUAAGUGCUGCGAAGACAGAAGAAAAAGAAACAAGCAAAUCCACAGUGGAGAUGGAAGUUGUCUCUGAGACCGCCGCACCUGGCACCAGCACUGGAGAGGGGAUAAAAGAUCAUGCUGACAGUUCAGGGCAACACGAAUCCAUUUUGACUGACAGCAUGAAGUCCAAAGAUGCUGCUGAGAAGAAAGAAUGACCGCCUGAGGGAAGGACAAACAACCUCAUCUGACAGCCAGCAAACUGAGUGAAGGCCAUUCACAAGAGAAUCAGACAAGCCCAACGGCGGUUUGGGUGCUGUCACAGGUUCAGGACAUCCCGUCGUUCAUACUUCCAGCUUUGUUUUGCCCUCUUCUUAUUUGUUAAUGCGACCCCAAGCCCUAAAGUUAUGUGCGUCCAAAACCUUCCAAGGUGGACUUGAACAUAUCAAGGAGAAAACAUGAGCCAUACCUCACUGUGUCAUAACGUUUCAAGCGGGCCAGUUGAAUGCAAUGAGAUGAAGCGAGUCUCUUUCUUGGAGCCACGCCCAUGAGGUGCGCACGCUAUAAGUCAGGUUCACAUAUCAGUGAAGUUUAGUUCAUUCAAGUCAAAUGUCUUUGCUUCAAGUUACCGUGAUCGAGGCCAAGGUUUCUCUUUCACCCUCUUUGAUUAAAACUGCUCCCUAAACUUUUUUUUUUUACUUCUCAAAACCCACACAGGAUAAACCUUGAUUGUCUUCGAACAAAUGGACUCGCCAUCUCCCUUUCCCGCCUCUGACACAACCCUCCUUCCGACUUUAACCUUUUCCUCGCCGUUCCCUGUGCAUGCCAGCAAAUUACUUUUACACAAAUGAGUCAUCUCUGCUUGUCUCCUUUUCAGAUUGUCAAAUAUUUGUGGAAGAAUCUGCCUUAUUUCGCAUCAAACGUGCAAUCGAUUAUCACACGGUUAAGGAGAUGAUCCGGAUAUUAUUUGCAUUUAGAUUUCAUUUUAUCAUUGAAGUCAUGAAAAGGCUACUUACUACCUGUUGAUUGUUCUUGAGCUUAUUCAAAAGAUUUUUUUUUUUGUUCGAUGUUCUUCAUGGCUCCCUUUCGACGGUGCCACAGUGAAGAUCAAAUGGGUUAGAGUUCUAAGAAAUGUUGCCUUCAUACUUUGGUGUUUGCGUUGCUAAAAUAUAACUAAAAGAAUUAAUAAAGAUUGAAGUGGGA